AUGGCCCGUCGCGUCCUCCUCACCGGGGGCAACGGCUUCAUUGGAUCUCACAUCCUAACCCAGCUUCUUGGCCAUGGCUGCACUGUCUGCUGCGCUGUUAGAACACAAGAAAAAGGCGACAAGAUUUUGAGGGACUUCGCCGCGCAGCAAUCUCAGAUAUCUAUCACAAUCGUCCCCGAUAUCGUCGCACCCGGAGCAUACCACAUGGCGGUACAGGGCACCCCCUCUUUUGACACCAUCUAUCAUACGGCAUCCCCGUUCACGUACACGAACGUGGGGAGCAAUCUUCAGUUCCUCGAGCCGGCGAUCAAGGGGACGUUGAACCUGCUCGAAGCCGUGAAAGACAAUGCCCCGAGCGUGAGAAGAGUCAUUUGGACCGGUAGCUGCGCCAGCGUGAUUGACUACGACAACCUUGUCUCGGACCCAGCAAGGCUUUAUACAGAAGCGGACUGGAAUCCAGUUACAUGGGAAGAGGCAGUGCACGGGGAUCCGUCGAAAGCAUACAGGGCCAGUAAGCUUUUUGCCGAACGAGAAGCAUGGAAGUUUAUGAAGGAAGAACAGCCAGCGUUUGACUUGGUCACAUUAUCUCCGCCGGCGACUUUUGGUCCUUUGCGGCACUCCAUCACAAGCAUCCGGGACCUGAACGAAUCUAAUUCUCGGUUGUGGAAACUUUGCUUCAACUCGACCAAGGAUGCUCCCGUGCCGUACAUGCCGGUACACACUUAUGUCGACGUCCGAGAUCUUGCAGAUGCCCAAUUCAGAGCCAUGACUGUCCCAGAGGCCGGCAACCAACGGUUUGUGGUGUGCGCCAGGCAAUUUGACUUCCAGGAUGUUUGCGAUAUUCUCCGAUCACACUUCCCUGAACUGAGUGAACGCACGCCGCUUGGGAAACCAGGGACACGCUCCUUACCGGCAGGGGCAUAUUCCAUCGAUAAUUCCAAAGUGAAACAAUUUUUAGGAGUGGAGUUCCGAAGUCUUGAAGAGACUGUUUUGGAUGUCGCACGUUGUAUGUUAGAUCUUGAGCGGAACGAAAAGCAAGCCCAUGCUACCUAG